ACAUGGCGAAAUUCGAUUGGACAAGUUUUAUUCACUGGCCGUACAGCGAAAAGACAAGCCGUAGCUGGCAGUUGAUGGGAAACUUGGCCUACAGCAUAUGUCAUCUAGCUGCCAACAUCUGGAUGAAACGACUAAAUGAAAUGCGAGUGAUUAACAGACGAAAUCUCGUCCAAGCCAUCUUCCACAGACACAAGAACGUGCCUCUCAUCACAGUCAGCAACCACACAUCGUGUAUUGACGAUCCACUCAUCUGGUCGACGAUACAAGUUCGACCAUUCGAAUCCUUAAAGGGACACAGGACGUGCGCGCGCUACAUAAUGGGCGCCAGAGAGAUGGUCUUUACUCGUCUGUGGCAUUCUGUCUUUUUCAGUUGGUGUUGGGUCGUGCCGAUUGUGAGAGGCUAUGGUGUCUAUCAACGAGGAGUGAAUUUCAGUUUAGAGAAGUUGAACGAAGGCGGUUGGGUCCACGUGUUCGCCGAAGGACAAGUGAAUAUGAAUCCAAUACACAAGACGUUGAGGUUGAAGUGGGGCGUGGGUAGACUCGUUUCGGAGUGUGUUAACGUUCCGGUUGUGUUGCCUAUUUGGCAUGUUGGAAUGGAAGAUGUGCUGCCUAACAGAUCGCCAUACAUACCGAGGAUCUGUAAGAGAGUGACCGUGUUGAUUGGCGAUCCGAUUGAUUUCGCAGAGAUGUUGUCAAGACAGUCGCACAACAGGACGGACGACAUGACAAGUAGGAAAGAGAUAACCGACGUCAUACAAGAACACUUUCAUGAACUGAAGCGAAAGGCACUUCGAAUACACUCACAAUUUCUCAAUUAGUUAGAAAUCAUUAACUACUCAAUGUACAAUGCACACGACAGUGAGAUCGUAUGUAGAAUGCCUCUUGUU